AUGAGUAUUCUUGGAGGGAUGAUGCCUGUCCUGGAGAUUGUUGGGCUUGUCCGUGAGCUCGUGGACUUGGGCAUCGCUGUAAAGAGCAGUGCAGAUGCCGUCAAAACCAACAAAGAAAACAAGAAACUACUUCUUGAGCAGAUCCGCACUCUGGAGCCCAUGUUGAUUGACAUAUCGUGCCAGUGUCAGUCCGAAGAGAAUAAGUACAAAGCUUCGAUGCCAAGCGCAGCAUACAACUCGGAAGCGGAUGCCUUGCUGCGCCAUGACAGGUUGAGGGCAGAGAAGGGGGUGAUCAAUGCACUGUUUGGGAUCCGUGUUCAGCUGCAUAGGGGAAAAGACCUCCUGGACAGGUUGGGAAAGAAGAAGUUUGCGCUGUUCACGUUCCUGCAGGCGACAGACAUAAAAGAGGAAUUCAAGGAAGUGAGGGCAGACCUGGGCAGUGCCAUGCAGAUUUUACAAGUGGCACAGACUGUGCUGCUUGGCAGGAGCAUGGACUGCAGGGCAGCAGAACUGCUUGAUGCCAUUCUCAGAGGGAAGACUGAACUCAUGGGCAAGGUGUCUGAGGUCCUCACCACACUCAACUCACGUGAGCUGCUGGAAGGAACCACCGAUGAGGCACACAGGAGCAAAAAUGGAGGGAGUGGAGCUGAAGAGUCGCUGUGCUUGAGGUACAAUCGAUGCAUGCUGGGCUUCCUCCACAGACAGAUGGCACAGAUCGAUUCCAUCAGCCCCCAGCAGAUGCUUAGGGCCUCGGCGGAGGCGGAUGCACAGGAGUGGAAGUCGUCCUCAAAGAAGAUGCGGCGUGCAAUGGACAUCGGCAAAAUACUCAUCCACAGGCACGCCAGACCGUUCAACCUCCAGACGUUCUACAAGAUCGCGGAGGUGAAGAACGUGGUCAAGGUCAUCUGCGGCACGCUGAGAGAGUUCGCCGGCCGGUGGGAUUUCCCCAUUGAGAUCGAGGACGGCCCUCCCGAGAUAGAUGUCUUGGAGGACAAGGCCGCCCUGGGGCGGUGCCUGGCGUACGUCCUCAAGAAUGAGCCCUGUCCCUUUGAUGAGGUGGACGCGCGCUUCCGGGACGAGUGGGCGAACAUCAAGGCGCAGCACGAGGGCAUCCUCAGGGUGCUGAAUAUCUCGAUAUCCGACGCCGAGGUGGUGCUGGAGAGGCGGAUAUGCGGGUCGGUGUUCAAGGCGCGGUGGAGGGACGUGCAGGACGUGGCCGUGAAGAAGCUGGUCCGCGACGGGGACCCCAACCAGCUGGACUUGGAAGAUUUCGCGGAAUUUUUCACCGAAGUGGCCGCCAUGGCGUCGAUGGCCUCCCCCUACGUGGUCAGCUUCAUCGCCGCCACCUACUCCGGCAUGCUGGUCAUGGAGCUGGGCGCCGGCGACCUGAUCGAUUGGUGCCAGAGGCGGGGGCCGGCGGGCCUACCCCUCAAGCUCAUGCUGCUGCGCCAGGCCGCCGAGGGCCUCAAGGACGUCCAUGAGCAGCGGUUCGUGCACCGGGACGUCAACUCCAGAAACUUCGUCGUCUUCGAGGGGGACCGCACCCCGCCGCGCGUCAAGAUCGUCGGGUUCGGCCUGGCGAUCGUGAAGACCGAGACGGGCACGAGGACGCUGCGGCAGCGCAUGGGGUCAUCGCCCGCCUGGGUGGCCCCGGAGAUCUUUGACGGCAGGCCCCACAGCUUCGAGAGCGACAUGUACAGCUUCGGGGUGGUGAUGUACGAGGUGGUGGGGGGAGGAUUUCCGUACGGCCGGCGCACGGCGCCCGCGGACGUUCUGGCCAAGAAGCGGGGCGGGGAGCCGCCGUGCUCGCUGCCCGAUGGACUGCCUGAAGGGCUGGUGGAGGUGAUGGAGAGGUGCUGCGCGAUCGAGCCCGGGGAGCGGCCGACGGGGAUGAGGGAGGUGUGCGGCCGGCUGGCGGCGCUGUGCAGGCAGCUGCCGUGCGAGCUGGAGGGCGGCCGCGGCGGGGCGUCUUCGCCGGCGUCCUCCGCGUCCUGCGCGACGCGCUUCGGCUUGUGA